GGGAUUUAACCCGGAAGAGGAAGAGGAAGAGGAAGAGGGUGUCGUCGUCUGUUGGGAGUUGGCUGGACGAGGAAGCGGCGAACCAGAACCUGAACAGAACCAGAACCAGACCCAGACCCAGACCCAGACCCAGACCCGCACCAGAGCCAGAGCCAGAGCCAGAGCCACCCCGAGCCGAAGUUUGUCCCCCGCGGCUCCGCUAGCCUGCUAACAGCUAGCUAGCCUGCUAACAGCUAGCUAGCCUGCUAACAGGGAAGUGACGGUGUCAGGUGAAGCUCGAGCCACAGGUGUGUUUUCUUCAGAAGACUCGGACAGCAGCAGAAGAAGAAGAUGAGUGGAGGACUGAACAGCAUCGAUGCCGUGAAGAAGAAGAUCAAAGUGCUGCAGGAGCAGGCGGAGGAUGCCGAGGACAGAGCCGUCAAGCUGCAGAAGGAGGUGGAGAAGGAGAAGAGGAGCAGAGAGGAGGCGGAGGCGGAGAUGACAUCUCUCAGUCGUCGUCUGCAGCUCAGCGAGGACAACCUGGAGCGAGUCCAGGAGAGACUGUCCACCACCCUCCACAAGCUGGACGAGGUGGAGAAGUCCGCCGACGAGAGCGAGAGAGGGAUGAAGGUGAUAGAGAACAGAGCUCUGAAGGAUGAGGAGAAGAUGGAGCAGCUGGAGGUUCAGCUGAGAGAAGCCAAGCUGAUCGCUGAGGAGGCCGACCGUAAAUAUGAAGAGGUGGCUCGUAAACUGGUGAUGGUGGAAGGUGAACUGGAACGAGCUGAAGACAGAGCUGAGCAGGGAGAGAGUAAGGUUCGGAGGUUGGAGGAGCAGUUGAGGAGUUUCGACCAAUCACUGAAGAGCCUGCAGGCGUCUGAGGACAAGUACUCUCAUAAGGAAGACAGGUACGAAGAGGAGAUCAAGAACCUGAGCAACAAACUCAAGGAGGCGGAGAGCAGAGCCGAGUCUGCAGAGCGUUCAGUCGCCAAACUGGAGAAAACCAUCGACGGGCUGGAAGAUGCUUUGACUUCGGCCAGAAACGCCAACAUGGAGCUUCAGGCGACUCUGAAUCAGACCAUGGAGGAGCUCAACUCCUGCUGAACCUGCUCCUCACCCCGCUGCUCCUCCCCCACCUCCCUCCUCUGCUGCAGAGGACGGCAGAACCCCAUGGCCAAACAUUCCUAUUACUCCUCCUCCUUCCACCUCCUCCUCUCCUGCUGGAUGUUAUGGAGGACAGUGUCAAACUCUAUGGCCAAAACUUUCCUCCCCCCUCACAUCCUCCUGCUCCUUUCCUCCCCCUUUCCUCACAUCCUCCUGCUCCUUUCCUCCCCCCUCACAUCCUCCUGCUCCUUUCCC